GUCAUUUGCCUCGUAUUUUUCGUAGAGACAUGUUGACGAAGUGUUUGUUCGUGGCAGUGUUCUGGAUUUUGAGAGCGAAUGGUAUACUAACUGUGCGGAACUUCCAAGACCUAGAACCGAAAGGAGGCGCUGUGUGUCCAGACGGCUACUGUCGCCACUCGGACGGAUGUUAUCGGACAGUGGCACUUAAUGUCACUUGGAUAGACGCGAGGUCAUACUGCGAGGUAUUGGGUGGGCAUCUCCUUUCCCCUGUGUCCCAGUCCAUGGCAGCUGCGGCAGAAGGCGCUCUUCGUAGAAUGAAAGGCACCAUCUUCCCGGGAAAGUUCUGGCUAGACAUCACGGAUCUGUUGAACCCCAAGGACUGGAAGAGGAUGAGCGACAAGAAGGCGCUCAACUUCACAAAUUGGGACACCACUUCCGGUACUGUGACCUCGGAGGAGGGAGCCCGGAAUUGCGUUUAUAUGUCAGAGUCUCUGGACUACAGAUGGGUACCCGCCUCUUGUGUUGAGACGAUAAAUUUCCUCUGCUACCAUGCCGGGUAAGCAACACUGCCACCAACUACAGAACGAUACGUUGUUGGUACCACGCGGGUUUAUAAGAGGUAUGGAGGAUGGAUCAACGAAGACAUGUACGAACGUAGGGACAUCAGUCCAGCAGCCGUGGACUGCUAAGAAAAUUCACUUCAAAUGUUUCGUCAUAAAUUCUUAAUAAUUACUUUUUAUUGUUCUGUUUCUGAUAGCAAUAUGCAACCAUUAAUUAGCUCUUUGUAUUGAUGUGUUUGCGUAUGUGAAUUUG